AUGCCUGGACAACCAGAUGCCCCUUCCAUCAUCUCGUUGCUGGUGUCGUUGCUGUCGAUCUCGUUGAUGUCAGUUCUCUUUGGUCGUAAGACCUCAGGUACCUCCUUGGCCAACAUCAACUAUGCUCGAGGUCUCGUCAUCUCGCUCUAUGUCGUCUCUUGGCUCUUCACAACCAUGGCUGGCGUGUUGACAUCGACCAACGCCGGCAACAUCAUAUCCUGCACCCUCUCCAUCUUUGUCUGUCUGUCCUUGUACGCCGCCUCCAAGAUUAUCAUCUACCUCUUCCUCAUUGAGAAGGUCUACGUCGUCAGUUCCGUCACCACUACUCGCAAAGAUACCAUGCUGUAUCGCUUCAACAUCUUGCUGUUGACCCCCUACACCAUCAUCCUGGUCCUCAUGAUCUUGAACCACGUCGCUGUCCUGGACGAGAACGACCAGUGCUUCAUUGGUCUCAAGCCCCUCGCCUCGAUUGUCCUAAUUCUUUACGACAUCUUCAUCUCCUGCUGGUUGACCGUCCUCUUCAUCCGCCCUCUCAUGAGCACCACCUCCGUCCUCCAGGGCCCCAGCAAGGGUAAGCUCCGUCAAGUCGCCCGUCGUACUCUUAUCGGUUCCGUGAUUGCCCUUAUCCUCAGUUCCGGCAACGUCUUCACCCUCGUCUACUACCGUGGUUACGAGGACUCUGUCCUCUGCCUUCUCUCGUGCACACUGGAUGUGACCUUGAAUGCCUGCACAGUCCACUGGGUCACCUCGCGCGGUGCUCGUCACGGUACUGCGACCGAGAAGGCCAGCCGUGGUAUCACCAACCAGAACACUCACCAGAUGAACGGCACCAGCACCGAAAAGCAGGUCGCCCCCACCGACACCCACAUCUCCGUCACCGUCGAGUCCUACAUGGAGCACUAA